UUAAGACUUAAAAUAUGCGGUCAAUUUAUCAAGAUAGAGCCUGUUUGAAAAAAGCGCCGACGUUUGUCGGAGAUAUGAGAGGACCAGAGAGGAGACCGGGCGGUGGUGCUCAUGCAGCCCGCUGACAGCAGCCUGAUCUCGGCAAGGCUCCUCCAGAUGUGCCGCUGGCUCCGGUGUCUCUGUGGUUGUGGUUGCAGAUGUAACACAAAACAUAUACAUAUUAAUAUUUUAAUAUUUUCUAAAUGAAAAUGAAAAAAGGCAGGGUUGUGUUUUAUAUCAUAUUUCGUUUUAUUGUCAAUAUAUAUGACUGAAGAUAACCGGAGUAGGCGGGACCGACGAGCUGAGUUGGUGACGUCGUGACGUUGGUGACGUCAUCAAGUUCGCUGCUGUUCCAAUUGCAAAAUGACCGUACUGCGUCCUCCCAUCCUCGGGAGUUUGUACUCCCGAGUCGAACUAUCCAAGUAUGAACUUGCAAGUUUGCAAGUCCAUACUUGACCAUACUUGGUAUUGAGAAACGGCCAAAGGCAGGUUCCUGAAAGUCUGACCGGUAGGAGGUGCCGUGAACGCCUCAGGUCGCUAAACUCGUAUUCGUAGGACAGGACAUCCGCAUUCCUCAACCGCCAGUGAGCCGCAGGGCCGAGAGAACAGCGCACCACGGACAUCUGGAGCAGAGACUGAUCUGAUCGGUUGGAUAGACCACGGUUCACCGGCACACCGGCACACCCGACCUAGAAGCCGAGCAGUCACACAGGGUUCAGCUUUGGUGUAUGUAGAGUUUGGAGGACCAUGAACCACUUGAAGUUGGACUAAAACAGGAGUGAAGCCAAGCAACAUGGCGGUCUUCAAGCCUGAAAAUGUCGAAGACUUCUAUGAGAUUGGGGAAGUUCUGGGAAGUGGGCACUUUGGUCAGGUUCGACAGGUUCGGGAGAGGGCCACUGGGACUUGUUGGGCAGGCAAGUUCCUGAAGAUUCGGAAGAACACGUGCAGCCGCCUGGGCCUUGACAGGAGCUGUGUUGAGAAGGAGGUGGAGAUCCUUCAGGCUGUACAACAUCCAAACAUUGUGACUCUCAAAGAUGUUUUUGAGAGUCGAGCCGAAGUGGUGCUCGUUCUGGAGCUUGUUAGUGGAGGGGAGUUGUUUGACUUCAUUGCUGAGAAGGAGAACCUGCUAGAGAGCGAGGCCAUUGAGUUCAUGAAGCAGAUCCUUGAGGGACUGGGCUUCAUGCACAGCAAGAACAUCGGCCACUUUGACCUCAAGCCAGAGAACAUCAUGCUGUCAGACAAAAUGGCUGCUCAGCCCAACAUCAAACUCAUCGACUUUGGCUUAGCCCACCAUUUUCAUCAGGGGGAGGAGUACAGGAGCACAAGUGGCACCCCGCAGUACAUCGCUCCUGAGGUGAUCAACAGUGAACCUCUGAGCACAGCAGCAGAUAUGUGGAGCAUCGCAGUUAUUACCUACAUACUAUUGAGCGGUUUGUCGCCAUUCCAAGGUGAGACUGAUGAGAACACUCUGAGCAACAUCAAUGUCAUGAACUACGCGUUCCCUGCACAGUAUUUCAGCAUGACCAGCUCCAUGGCCAAAGACUUCAUCCAGAAACUCCUGGUGAAAACCCCCAGUGAAAGAAUGACAGCUGAGGAGUGUCUGCUUCAUCCAUGGAUUAAGCCUGUCACAAGCAAACAGGUGGCCAAAAGGAAUCGAUCCUCAAUCAAUAUGAAGAACUUUAAGAAGUUCAACGCCAGAAGAAAAUGGAAGAUGUCCUAUAACAUGGUGUGGAUGUGUAACCGUCUUGUCCAUUUAAAACUGCUGCGGAAGGGCAGCUCAGAUCCAGAUCCUCUACAGGUGGAAGAAUCCGGAAAGAACCCACACUGACACGGGGAACAUGCAAACGCCACACAGAAUUGCUUUGAGGUGACAGUGCUAGCCACUAUAGCACUGUGCAGCCCGAGUGGAGGAGGUGGGUUGAGUAUGGAAAUACUUGACCCACAACAACUAACAGGACCAGCAAGAAGGGGCUUGAGAAGCAGCAUACCGCAGAGCUGUCUGCAUCUUCUGGUUCCUCUUUUCCGUUUGACCAUUGAACUGUGGUUCAAAGCCAGAGGACAGCCUGGCAGAAGCCUUGCACAUCCUACAAAACUCCUUCCAGAAACAGGAGGUUAAUAGUGGCUCACAGGCAGAGAUGAUGUGUCUGGAGAGGCUGUGCAGGUGCAAAAUGGGAUACAACAGUUUAGCAGUCUAUUUGGCAGUGGGGAGCUUAGGCGGAAGAGUGACUUGGUGAUGACUUGAAAAAAUGGUCAAUAACUGUCAGAAUUACUGUGUUAGGCUGAGAUUUACGAUCACUUAUCAUUCUUGGAGGCCUCCUAGACUGUUUAUCUUGAAUCAUUGCUCAACUGAAAGAUAUUGUCAAGUUCCUCUUUGAUUGAACUGUUAAUUCCUGGGUCCUGAAACAGAAAUAUGAUCAACCUCAAUAUUUUAUUUUUUUACCUGUCUGACUCUAUUACUAAA